AUUGGUUCCUUUUCCUGCGCCGUCGGUUGCCGUAGAGACCAAGGCUAUGGCAACCAGGAGAAGCCAAACUUGGUAGUCCCUCGGCGACUGCAGAGGGUCCGAAGCGUGCGGCCACACUCCGCGCGGCGCUCAUGGCGCUCUACGAGCUCUUCUCUCACCCAGCCGAGCGCGGCUACCGCGCGGGGCUCUGCUCCAAGGCCGCGCUGUUCCUGCUGCUGGCCACCGCGCUUACGUACAUCCCGCCGCUGCUAGUGGCCUUCCGGAGCCACGGGUUUUGGCUGAAGCGGAGCAACUACGAGGAGCAGCCGACCGUGCGCUUCCAGCACCAGGUCCUGCUCGUGGUCCUGCUGGGACCGGAGCGCGGCGGGUUCCUCGCCUGGAGCACGUUCCCCGCCUUCAACCGGCUGCAGGGGGAUCACCUGCGUGUCCCGCUCGUUUCGGCUAGAGAAGAAGACAGGAACCAGGAUGGGAAAAUGGACAUGUUACAUUUUAAACUGGAGCUUCCCCUGCAGUCCACGGAGCAUGUUCUUGGUGUGCAGCUCAUCUUGACUUUCUCCUACCAAUUGCACAGGAUGUCGACAUUCGUGAUGCAGAGCAUGGCGUUUCUCCAAUCCUCCUUCGCUAUUCCCGGGUCCCAGUUAUAUGUGAACGGAGACCUGAGGCUUCAGCAGAAGCAGCCCCUAAGCUACAGUGGCCUAGAUGUUCAGUACAAUGUAUCUGUCAUCAACGGGACCAGUCCUUUUGCCCGGGACUACGACCUCACCCACAUCAUUGCUGCCUAUCAGGAAAGAAAUGUAACCACCAUCCUGACUGACGCCAACCCCCUCUGGCUGGUGGGAAGGGCUGCCGAAGCUCCGUUUGUGAUUAAUGCUGUCAUCCGAUACCCCGUGGAAGUCAUUUCAGGGCAGCCAUCAGAGCAGACAGCUUUGGGGAAGACACACAAGGAACAGUGAGGGGAGGAAGAGGAUGCUAGCCCGGGCAGCCCAAUCCAGCCUGAGCAUCAGAAUGACAAGCAGUACAGCCUGAUUACCCGCAUGACUCAGCGUCUGCAGGAGAACAGUACUGGAACAAGUCUCUGUCGCAUACAGAAGACUGGUUCUCUGUUCCUGUCUUGAGAAAACAUGCAGUUUUCUCAAAGGGCAGAUGGAUCUGCUUUAUGAUCCAGAGAUGUCGUUGGCACUAGAAGGACACGCCCGCUGUGAUCCCUUCUUGCCCAUUCAAAAACACACUCGUCAGUGUGUGCCUCAGUUUACCUUGGAGAAUUAGUUCUUAUUUCCAAAGCACCUUUCCUUUCAGGCUGACCAAAAUAAGAGUUUUGGAAACAGUUAUUUUGAAGAAUUCAAUCACAUAAAUAUCCUAACACUGGCCCCUCUGCCUUUUCUUGUAAAAUUUAGGGCUGUUUACAUGCCUAAUUUUUCUUUUUUUUUUUUUUGAGAUUUAAAUGAAAAAUGGUUGCUGAAUUUUCUGAAUUGCAAAAGGUAAUGAGACAUGGAAAGACAGCUAAAGAUGUGUAUAAGUGUUACUUUGCAUUUUAUUAAAUUAUUUCAAUGCAAAAUUUGUAUAAAUAACCAUUAUGUUUUGUAACUUUCUAAUUAAAAUGUUCAA